GCCACAGGUGUUUUCGGAUAAAACGGUGGGUGAGAGCAGGGAAUUCAUGAUGGUGCUAAAACGCCACAUUACUUUCGUUUUCUCUCACUUCCACACCGGGAUUCAGACAGACUGCUCAUCAACAUCCACUGACCACAGCUGAUCAUGGACAGCGUAGAUCUUACCUUGAGUUUAUGCACAGCCAUCUAUGACAUGGUUGAGAACACGAAGGCCAACAAAGACCGUUGCCAACGAGUCACCCAGAGAGUCAAAUCCCUGGAGGACCUGGUUCGGACCAUCCAGCAAAGGGGAACAGGUCAGAUCUCUCCCACUGUGGACAAGGCUCUGAGGGAUCUUUCUGACACUCUGCUUUUUGCCAAGGAUAUUAUACUGAAAUUCGGCAAAACUAAGGGUGUCAAGAGCUUCCUGAAUAACAAAAACCUCGAAGAACAGUUCUCCAAAGUGAACGAAAGACUCACUGACAACUUCCAGAUCCUGUCCGGGGCCCUGCAGAUCGAGCAGGGAAACAUACUGUUCAGAGUCUAUGAAUGUGUUGCUGUACCGAAACAGGCUGAGGGGCAGCCUGUGACCAGUGGCAUGGCCCCUCUGCAUCUGCCCAUGCCAACAGCCCCUAUGCCUGCCCCUAUGGCAACAGCCCUUAUGCCUGCCCCCAUGGCUACAGCCCCGAUGCCUCCCCCCAUGCCUGGGGUCCCGAUGCCUUCCCCCAUGGCUACAGCCCCGAUGCCUCCCCCCAUGCCUAGGGUCCCGAUGCCUUCCCCCAUGGCUACAGCCCCCAUGCCUCCCCACAUGCCUAUAGCCCCAAUGCCUGCCCCCAUGGCAACAGCCCCAAUGCCUCCCCAUAUGCCUAGGGUCCCAAUGCCUCCCCCGAUGCCUACAGCCCCGAUGCCUCACCCCAUGUCAAUGACCAGCCCCACAACCCCGAUGCCUCACCCCAUGUCAAUGAACAGCCCCACAACCCCGAUGCCUCACCCCAUGUCAAUGAACAGCCCCACAACCCCGAUGCCUCACCCCAUGUCAAUGACCAGCCCCACAACCCCGAUGCCCCACCCCAUGUCAAUGACCAGCCCCACAACCCUGAUGCCUCCCCCCAUGUCAAUGACCAGCCCCACAGCCGCAAUGCCUCCCCCCAUGUCCCUAUCCAGCCCCACAGCUGCAAUGCCUCCCCCCUUGCCAGCGCAUCACCAAACUCCCGUAUCUGUCCAGUGCAUCAGGCCACCUACCAUGCCUGUGCGCUGCGUCAUGUCCCCAAUGCAGAUGUCUAGCCCCAUGAACACCAGGCCUCUAACUGGAACCAUGGCCCAAAUGCCUCUCUCCACCAAUAUUGUCUCUCAGCAUGUCCGUGCUGCAGUGUCCUCCGUCGUUGUCUCCCCCAACACAGCCUCGAUGCCUCUCACCAGACCUGUUGUAAUAAAUACUAUAAACACUUAUGCGUUAAGAUGAGAAAAACAUGCUCUAAAAACUGUUUGAAAAUAUUUCUGUGAUGCAUGACGACGAAGAGGGAAGGGAGGAAGGAAAAGGCCUCUCACCACGCCUUUCUCUAGAUUUGCUUCACCCCUUCUUUCUCAGGAGAUGCAGCCCCCACAGGAAGUACAACAUUUUCAAAUGAUGAAAACAAAUCUGGAAUCAGAAGCCGAUUCAUUUAUAGUUAAGUAGCACUGACCAACUGACUGGCAGACAUUUAUAAAUUAAAAAGGAUCACUAAAUUUAUAUAAAACCCGUCGUGCUCGUAAGCACAGAAAGAACUUUAUUAAUGCUGCUGUAAAAGAAUUUGUCUCUGAACUCAGAAUAUAAAAGAGAAUGUUUGUUAUUGUUUUUACUUUUUUUUGCUCCUCCAUUUAUUCUGUUUGUAUUCAAUUUAUUUACUCUUCGUUAUGAUUAUUUUUUCAUGAGAAGCACUUUAUUGCUUUAUGUGCUGUAUAAAUGAAGUAAUAGAUAAACAUACUGGUGACCAAUCAUUUCUCUCCACAUAUUUGUUCACAUAUUAAUCCUGUAAAGCACUUUACAUAUAUAUGUAUGUCAUAUGUACAAAAAACACAAAUCCAUAUUAUCAUUUUAACAAGACUGAGAGGUGAACUGUAUGUAAACAAAACAAUAAGCUGUUGUUAUAACAUGUUACAGACAACCCGUUGAUUAUUAAAGGAACCACUAAC